AAAAAUAACCUGAAAGUGAAUACGAGCGCUGUGAACACAACAACAGAAGUUUGCUAAUAACAAUAUUUAAUAUUCGUAAAUGUAUAUUAAAUAUUAAGCCUUCGCGGCUGCUAUACAAUAAAAAUUUAUUCAUUCAUUCAUAAUCCCAAAUAUAGAUAGGUGUUCGAUUUCCAGAGUUACAAAAUCCUUUCCCAGGAAGUCAUAAAGUUAAAAUUCAGAUGGAUUGCUUAAAUAUAGCAGAUAAUUGCAGAGCGUGUCAAAAUAAGACACAGGAAGAGUCUCAGAUAUUUAUUUUCGUCACAAUACAGCUCCCGGAUAUCUACAAGGAAACCACAUCACUGGACAUUCAUGAGAACGAUGAUUUACCCAAAGUCUUAUGCAGCAAUUGCUACAGUCGCCUCCUAGAGGCUUACAACUUCCGCAAAAUGUGUUCUGCUACGGCUGUGCACUUUCAAAAGAUCCUGUCAAUGGAUGUUCCCGAGACGAAAUACACACCACCUGAACAUUUAAACAAUUUGAUAGAUAUAAAGACAGAACCAGCCAUUUCGGAUGCAACUAAUUCUUCUAUGAAGAAUUUACACUACUCUCCGGACAGAGAUGAUUCUCUUAGUGGCAUUUCCGAUAAGCUGUCCAUUGAUGAUAAACCUCUUAUACCUAAAACAGAGCCUGAUGAUGAUGCUCCCCUAAUCUUCAGAGAGUUCAUAAAUACAAAACAAGAUGAAUAUCAUGGAUCUCAAAAGGGGAUUGAACGUGUAGGACGAAAUCCGGGAAACCUGGUGUGCAGUCUAUGUAAUUCACAUUUCCGUCGAAAAUCGCGCUUGGAAAUGCACAUGAGAGAGAAGCAUCUGGGAUUGAAACCUUGUGAAUGCAAAAUUUGUGGGAAACAACUCACUCGCUGUGGAUUUAAGCAUCAUAUGCAGAUCAAGCAUGGUGAAAGAAAAGAAUUUCCAUGCUCAGAGUGUGAAAACCAAUAUAAAACAAAAAUAGGCUUACAACUUCAUAUGGAGAAAUUACAUGAUCCAGAGAAUCCUAGGCUUCCCAAAAACAAAGUUUGGAUAUGUGAGAUCUGUGGGAAUGAAUUUAAGACAUUCUCCUCUCUUAAGAGCCAUCGCAGUAAAGAUAAAGAUGCUACACAAUGUGCCGGAAUGCAAUCUUGCUCACGGCUACCUUUGAAAAAUGAUAAGAACACGUGUGCAAUUUGUGGGAUCGAAAAUAAUACACCCGAUGAUUUGAAAAUUCAUUUAGAUAUUCACACGAGAGUAACCAUGUGGCAUUGCGAACAUUGCCCCUAUAAAGCUCGUAAACAGCAGAGUUUGAAGGAGCACUUGAAGGUUGUUCAUCAGGGAGUUAAGGAUUUCCAUUGUCCCAAGUGUAGUCGAUCAUUCACAAGGGCAGAUCAUCUGAAACUUCACAUACUGCGCCAUGAAGGUAUCAAGAAAUUUAAAUGUGCAGUCUGUGGACUCAAGAAGGUAUCAAUAGGUGAAUUAAAUACCCACAUGAAUACGCAUACAAAGGAGAAAAUGUGGUCCUGUGAAUAUUGUUCCUACAAAUCCCCAAUACCCAGAAAUGUGUCACGUCACGUGAAGGUGGUUCACGAUGGAAAGAAGGACUUCCAUUGCCCUCAUUGUGAGAGAUCCUUUGGAAAGGCUGAGAGCCUGAGGAAUCAUGUGAUGACUCACACUGGAGAGAAACCACAUGCAUGCACCGAAUGUGGGAAGAGAUUUAUCAAACGAUCAGGCCUAAAGACUCACAUGAAGAAUUAUCACAAGGAUCACAAGUCCUAACUUUAAGUUCAACCCUAAAUUAUUUUAAUCGAAUAUAGAGACUUUAUGAGAAUUUUGAAAAAAUAUAAAUUCUAUCGGUAUUUAUGUCUCAACGAAUUGGUUGAAAGAUAUUCUUUGAGGUCUUCAAGAUGCUUGUUAUUGUGAACUUGAUCACCUUUUAUGGCAAUUUAAAAAAAGUAUUAGCAAUAAAUUACAAAAAUACAUAUUACUCAUUUUUAAUGGAACAA